GGCCCACUUCAGUCCGAACCUACCCUCAGAGAUGUGCACAACGAAAAUCGUGCGAAACAUGCCCAGCGAAAGCCGAAAAAUCAGAAAACCGUUAAUGGAGAAGAAAAGGCGUGCGAGGAUCAACGACUGCCUCGAAGAGCUGAAGAAGAUGCUGUUGCAAAACAAAGGAGAGCACCUGCCCGAAGGGCGUCCGACCAAGCUGGAGAAAGCGGAUAUCCUCGAGCAGACGGUGAAUUUCAUGAGAAAACUCGUGAACCCGGCCAAGGGUUACAGCCAAGGAUUCGCAGACGCCGAAGAAAGGGCCAAAUCCAUGAUAGACGCAUACGAAAAUUUGAGUCCGCCGGAAAAAAUCCGACUCUCCUCCUACCUGUUCUCAAAUAGCCAAAAACCAAAUACCUUCCUCUACCUCGAAAGAUACACUUCAGACAAAGAGAACAUAAACGAAAUCGUCUGGCGACCUUGGUGAAAUACGAUUUCAAUUCAACUAAAGAAUUCCUAAACUGCCUAAACUGUGAUAUAUUUCCGCUUUUGUAUUUAACGU